AGGAACGGAAAAUGGCGGACCUCGAAGACGUUACGCUGGACGGGAGACCGCUCCAGUCCCUUCGAGUAGCUGAUUUAAAAGCUGCUCUUGAGGAGAGAGGACUCUCGAAAAGCGGGCAGAAGAAUGCUCUCAUUAAAAGGCUCAAGGGGGCUCUCAUGCUGGAGAAUCUGCAGAGGACCUCCACCGCUCACAUUGGACUGCAGCCAAACUCUCAGAUUGGUGAGGAAAUGAGCCAGAACAGCUUUAUCAAGCAGUAUCUGGCUAAACAACAGGAGCUCCUGAGGCAGCGUCUGGAGAGGGAGGCUCGCGAAGCAUAUGAUACAAAUGAGCAGCAGGACCACACAGAAGUUAACAAUAGUACCUCAUGUCCUCCUCCACCCCAGGAUGUCACACCAGCUUUGGCUGAGCAGCACAAGCCACCUGGUCCCUCUGGUGGAGAUGGGUUGUUUGGUGCAGGGAAUGAGGGAGAGGGUAACAGGAACCAGGAGGCUGACAUGUCUGGUCCUCCUGCAUCUGGCUCUGUGGCCAUGCGUGUUCCUGGUGGUGAACCCCGGCCAGAGAGGGGUUCUGCGUCCAGAGAAGUUGCAGCUGACAGCGACGAUGAGGACAGCGAGGAUGGAGAAGAGGAUGGUGACGAUGAUGAUUGGGACAGCGGUGCUCGGAGGAGAAGCCUCAGAGAGCCAGCCAGAGUACCUGCGACCAGAGAGAGGUCUGGAGCAUCCUGUCAACCCCAGCAGCAGCAGCACAUCCCUUCCCUUUUGUCCCCUCAGCUCCGCCAGCCAACACCUCCCCCCUCCCCUCCUCCAGAGCUGUCAUUCCCCUUACCUGACACCCCUAAACAGAGUCCCCCUAGUCCAGAUGUAGCCCCAGCUAGGCACUCACCCAGUACCUCCAGCUCUGGUUCCUCCAGCAGUGGCAGCCGCAGUAGCAGCCCAGAGCCACAGAGGAGUGGACAUGCUGAGCGCAAGCCUGGCCCGCUUACCCUUCUGGCACGUAAAAUGGAGUCGGAGGGUGCUUUCUCUGGAGCAGUUUGGCACGGCGGCGAAGGGGAAGGCGAUAGGCAGGAUAGCAGUUCGCCAUCAGCUACAUCGUUUCCUGGCAGAGGUCCUCCGGAGGGUCUGGUAUCUGCCAUUACUCACACAGCCAACACUGCAGGCCAUUUGCCAUUUCCCAUGAUUCCAGGCACCAACCAGGGUGUCACAGGAGGACAUUCGGCCCAUAUUCAAGUACCUGUGAGUGUGCUGAAGGCCACUGCAACAGAUGAGAGGGACAGAGAGAGGGUCUCUGAGAUAGAAAGAGAAAAGGCCUUUGAGCUGGAAAGGCAAGAAAAGCAGAGAAAACUUGAGCAAGAACGUGCAAUGGAGGUAGAGCGGGAAAGAGUUCUUGCACUAGAGAGAGAGGAAAGGCAGAGGGCUUUGGAGAAAGAGAGAAUUGAGCGACAGCAGGCCUUAGAAAGAGAAGAACGAGAAAAAGCUUUACAGCGGGAGAGGGAACUUGCUCUGGAGCGAGAGAGGCAGGAGAGGGAACUAGCCUUGGCUAAAGAGAGGGAGGAGCUGGAGAGGCAGAAGGAGCUCGAAAGACAGAGGGUCCUAGAGCAAGAACGUUUACAGAGAGAAAGAGAGGAGAGGGAGAAGCGAGAGAGAGAAGAAAUGGAGAGGGCGAUUGAGCUAGAAAGAGCAAGGGCUUUGGAGAGGGAAAGGGAGGAGAGAGAAAGGGCUCUUGAGCAAGAGAGGUUGGAGAGGGAAAGAGUGUUGGAGGCUGAGAGAAAAGAAAUGGAGAGGAUUGAAAGAGAGAAGGCUUUGGAGCAGGAAAGGUUGGAAAGGGAAAGGUUAGAGAGGGAGAAGGCUUUAGAGCAAGAGCGAAUAGAGAGAGAGAAAGCCCUAGAGCAAGAGAGACUAGAAAGGGAGAGAGCCUUGGAGCAAGAGAGGAUAGAGAGAGAGACAAUUUUGGAGAGGGAGAGAAUUGAGAGAGAGAUGGCCUUAGAGCAGGAGAGAAUUGAGAGAGAGAAAGCCUUAGAGCGAGAGAGAAUAGAAAGAGAAAAAGCUCUUCAGCAAGAAAUGUUGGAGAGGGAGAGAGCCCUAGAGCAAGAGAGGUUGGAGCUUGAAAGGAAGGAAAAAGAGAGAAUUGAAAGAGAGAAAGAACUGGAGCGAGAGAGGAUAGAGAAGGAAAAGGCCUUGGAACGAGAAAGGGAGGAAAAAGAGAAGGCGGAGAGGGAGGCAGCUCUGGAAAAGGAGAGGAUGGAGAAGGAAAGAGCUGAAAAGGAGAGGAAAGAAAGGCUGGAGAGGGAGAGAGCUCUAGAGCAGGAGAAACUUGAAAGGGAGAGAGCUUUGGAGAAGGAGAGGAAGGAGAGAGAGAGGGCUCUGGAAGAGGAGAGGGAAAGGGCUUUGGAACGUGAAAGAUUAGACAAAGAGAAAGCCAUACAGAAAGAAAAGGAGGAGCAGGAGAGGGCUCUGGAACAGGAGAAGGAGAGAGCUAGGAUGGCUGAAAAGGAGAGGGAGAGUCACCUCCCUCCAUCCAAACGUGGCCGUGAGAUUGGUCUCACCCCCCUGCCCACUCCUCCUCCCCUCUCCACAGGGCCAGCUAGAAAAUCUUCGACUGAGGCAGGAGAGCAGGAAAAUGUCCAUGCUCCAAUGUCCUGGAGUGAAACCCAAGCAGCAGAGUCCGGUGCACCCAUGUCACCAACACCUCUGUCACCACAAUCCUCAUUUAAGAAGUUCCGGUUCUUAAGGGACUCUCCACUUCAGCCCCAAUCUUCCUCCGCUUCCAUGGUUAUCAAGCGGCCCCGUACCUUCUCUGAUACCCCCCAACCUCGGGCUUCACCUGUCUUCUCCCCCACCGGUUUUGGGGAACGACAGCAGGAAGGACACCAGCUCUCUGCUGAUCAGGAAGGUCCACACUUACCGACAAAACAGGAGGUUGUUGCUGGACCACCGGGAUCCGUUGGGAUCCAGUCCGAGAAGGAGACAACUGCUGGCACCACAGCGAGCCAGAGCUCCACAAAAGAAGGGCCCACAAGCCUCGUAUCAGAGGACAAAGAGCAGGCAGAUUCAGUGAAGACUGAACGGGCUGCCAAGGAAUCCACCAAAAAAGCAGAAGUGGAUGAAAGCCAUCGUCCUUCAAGCCCGGUGCAUGCUGCACAGAGGAAGGGAAGAGAUGCAAAGAAAGACGAGAAGCAGACAAGACAAAGAUCAUCGUCUAAUGAUUCCUCUUCCUCAGAAUCAGACUCUGGGUCCUCAUCAUCUCGGUCCUCAAGGUCAUCCUCGUCUUCUCAAGAGGAAACUUCCUCCACCUCCAGAGGCAGAAGGGAGGGGAAACCUGGAAGAGAUUCCUUACCACAGCACAGGGUGACAGCUGAGGCUCAGGCUAAGGGCUUAAAGGAAAUCCCAAAAGCCUCCCCUCACAAAAGAGAGAUGUCUGGAGAGAAGAGUAGCAAAACUGCUGAUGGAGACAGUCACGCCAAGAAACCUUUCAUUGAAGCUGCAAUCCAAGAGGGGACACAAAGAAAAAGAAAGGCCAGCGAGGGAGAGGAGGAAAAGGACAAACAAAGGCAGGUGAAGGAGACUGCCAUGGCAGAGCCAGAGAAGCUUCCAGAGACCAAUGAGGAGACACCGAAGGCCUUCUCAGCCCGUAAGAUCUCCCUUAGCAGCAACAAAUUGUCCCCUGGCAGCGCAGACGGUGAGCAGGAGUCUGGGGCUGCAGCCGGUCGCAAGAGGAGGUGGGGUUCCAGCACAGCUGUCACUGCCAAGAAACCUUCCAUCAGCAUCACCACAGACUCACUCAAGUCUCUGAUCCCAGACAUCCGACCUUGUCUUGGUCAGGAGGCAGUAGUGGAUCUGCACCCAGAGGAAGCUGUUCUCUCUGGGGUUGAGGAUGAAGAGAGAGAGCGCUCUGACCAGGACCUUCAGAUCCGUCGCACCGUCACACAGGUGGUGCACUCAGAGAGCCAGGAGAAUGGACAGAAAGAGGCGAAGAGGAGCAGACAGGAGGAGCUGGAGGAGGAAGAUCUACAGGGAGACAGAGAAAGAACAAGGCCGCAAGAAGAGAAAAUGGACACCUCCUUUCCCGGAGCAGAGGAAACCCAAUCACCAUCGCACAGCAGCCAUGAUGUAGAAAUGAACACUGUGACCCCCAGCGACACCCUCAUUCGACGCUCCAUCAGCCAGCAGAAAACAGGUGUUUCCAUCACAAUCGAUGACCCUGUUCGCACAGCCCGCCAGCCUUCACCGCCUCGUGGCAAGGUGUCCAACAUUGUUCACGUCUGCAACCUGGUGAGGCCCUUCACUCUGGGGCAGCUUAAGGAGCUGCUCAGCAGAACUGGCACCCUGGUGGAGGAAGGUUUCUGGAUUGACAAAAUCAAGUCUCACUGCUACGUCACAUACUCGAGCUCAGAGGAGGCCAUUGCCACACGGGCAGCUCUCCAUGGAGUGAAAUGGCCUCAGAGCAACCCAAAAGUCCUUAGUGUGGACUUCUGCCAGCAAGAUGAGCUGGAUUUCCACAAAGGCUUGGGCGCAGCCGACAGACCCGGAGCAGAGGAACAGGGGCCUGGCUCCGGCCGUGGUCGAACAUCAGGGCUGCCCUCUCUUCUCCCUGAGCGAGACCAGUGGGCUGAGCGCGAGCGUGAAAUGGAGCGUCGGGAGAAGGCCCGAGCGGAGCGGGAGUGGGAUCGUGAUAAAGUCAGAGAGUUUGGCAAACCGGGAGAGGAGAAGGAGGGAGGUCCUCGAAGGUCACGCUCCCGAGAGAGACGACGUAAAGAGAGGGGAAAGAGCAAGGAGAAGAAGACUGAAAAGAAGGAGAAAACGGCAGAGGAUCCCCCUGCAAAGCUGCUUGAUGACCUGUUCCGCAAAACUAAAGCAGCUCCCUGCAUAUACUGGCUUCCACUUACAGAGGAACAGUUUGUUCAACGAGAAGCUGCCAGAGCAGAGCGGAUGAAGGAGCGUGAGAAACGGAGGAAGGAGCAAGAGGAGGAGGAGGAGAAAAAAAGGGAAGAGGAGCGCAAGGAGAGGAUGAAAGCUGGAGGUGGCACAACAGGAGACCGGAGUGAGGGUGAGAAGGAUAAGGACAAGGACAAGGAUAGAGACAGAGACAGAGAGAGGGACAGGGACAGAGACAGAGACAGAGGUAGAGACAGAGACAGGGAGAGGGAAAGGGAGAGGGAAAAUGACAAACGCAGGGAUGGCUACCGUAGGCCAGGGGGCAGCGGGGCAGGCGGGGGCCGGCGCUCACGCAGCCACAGCGACCCACGAGAAAGGCGGCGUUAACGGCAAACCGACUGAUGGACCUGUCCUAGAGACCACCCUUUUCCAUUUGCCUUUCACUACAUGUACUUUGUUACAACUAAGACCCAACAGAGGACCAACUGAUGUCGUCACCAUCUCUCAAAUUGUCACCUUUUUUAAAGCACAUCUACACCUACACACAGUCAUGCUUAAAGGGGACCAUGAUUUUUUGCAGUGUUGUUUCCCAGAGUGCUGUACGUCUUGCUCCUGUCGAGGUUUGAUAUAUUUUUCUUUCUACAUUUGCCUCUCUUUUUCUUUGGUUUUUGUUUUGACGGCAUAGCAGUAUGGCACACUGGGUUAUUUUGAUUAUUUCCCCCCAGUGUUCCCCACUUGCCCCAAAGUGUAGGUGCCAAUUAUGAUUUGCAAUCAAUUGUCGUCGCCUCAGUGUUUAACAACUCUGCAGUUUGAAUGAGGAAUCCUUUUGUUGCUGCAUGUAGUCCAAGGCUCUCCUUGCCAGUCCUGCCUAAAGAGAAAACUCAGCCCUUUGUGCAGAGGCUUGCAUAAAAUCAGAAAAUAUUGGAAUAGGUGUGUUUGGCGUUUUGUACAGACAUAUAAGAUUAAUCAAAAUCAAGACUUUAAAUGAGGCAGCUCGGGUAUUUUUGGACAGGUGUGGAAUAACUACUAAGGCAAUGCAGUGUUCGUCUCUCCGUCUGUUUAGUUGAAGAGAUGAGACGAUUCUCUGUGGGAGAGAUUCUUACGUCUGUCGCACCUGACACAGGUUAUGAUUAUGUCCUUGAUCAUUGAUUCUCCUCUUCCUCCUUCCUUUCCUCCUCUUCCUCCAGUUCUCUUACCCUGUAGUGUCCAUACAGGCCCAAGAGGGGAGGCUGCAUUAUGAGUUUUCUCACCAAUGGUUUUAAUAUUGUUUUUUAAUCGUUAUUUUAUCACUUAGUACAAAGGUUUGUUUUCUUUUUUUUUUUUUAAUUUCUUCUUUGAGUACGCCUAUCAGUGGUGAAUGUACAAAUAAUAAAAAUUGAAGUUUG